AUGCAGUUCCUUCCAUGUUUGAAACUCCAAGGGCACCGUUUGAGCUACAAAUUGGCUCAGAUGUGGAAAAUCUCCUCAGAACUGCAUCCUUCUGCUUCCAAGUCGUUCCUGUUUGAGAAAGUACCUCAAGGGAUCAUUAUCGUUACACAGCAUACUGCAGCAUUCAGCAACCCCACAAAAAUAAUGCAGCAUGUGGAACACAACUUUGUGGUCAAUGCAAUCAAAUGGGUUGUACAUUUGUGUAACUUCAGAGGCAUGUUUGGGUUCAACCCCGACCUGCUGAAGACCCUAAAGCUGAAGACAGCCCCAAUGCCCGAGUCUGAGCGGCACGGAGGGUUGGUGCUGGACGAGCUAAAACUCAGCGAGCAUCUUACUGUGGCAGCGUCAGGACAUCUUCAAGGCUUUGUGGACUUGGACAAGUUCACACCUCCUGAGCUUCGGACUGUCCCAGCAGACCAUGGACUUCUCCUGGUUUUUCAGCCCUUCAUGGGAGACUGGAUACAAAUCAUAGGAGUGUUCGCAUCACGAGGCAACGUGAAGGGCCACCUCCUCAGCAAGAUCAUCACAGAGGCCAUCAUUUUAUGUGAGGAAGCUGGCCUUUUCGUUGACUACCUGUGCUGUGAUGGUGCCAGCUGGAACAGAAAUAUGUGGCACAGCUUCGGCAUCGAGGCAAGCCUAGGCUCCGUGCAGUGCAAGUGCGAGCAUCCUGUGGACCUAGAGCGGCACAUUUUUUUUAUCUCCGACUUCCCCCACCUGGUGAAAUGCGUGAGAAACCUGCUUCUGGAUGAUCAAGGCUUCAACACCCACGAGGGACAUGUGCAGUUGGGACAUAUCCAGGCUGCUUUUGAACUGGAUGCCAACAACGUCACUGCGAAGGCCAUGCCACAACUUACGCUGGCACACAUCAAGCCCAACUCAUUUGAGAAGAUGAGGGUAAAUCUGGCCUUCCAGCUGUUCACCACAGACGUCCUCCGUGGACUGCUGGUGUUCCAGACCGCCAUCGAGGAGCAGCAUGGGGACAGUACAGCGACAGCGCACUUCGUGGAGCUCAUCAGAGACCUCAUUGCAGCCAUAUCCUCGCGGACCCCUACAAGGUCGCUGAAGAGAUCUUCUGGGCAGCUCCAGUGCCUCCAGGCAGUGCUGAACUACCUCAACGAAUGGGAGAUCCACGCACAAGGGCGUGGCUUCCUAAGCAAAAGCACCGCGGAGGGACUGCGGGUCACAUUGACGAGCACACAGGAGCUUCUAGGAUACCUGACAGAAAAAGUCGGGUACACCUUUUUGAUGGCGUCAAGCCAGGACUGUGUGAAGCGCCUCUUUGGCAUCAUCCGCCAGUUCUCUGGCUCCAACGAGCACCCUGGUCCAAGCCAGUUCUUGAUUAUUGCGAGUGCUCUACAAUUUUACAGCCUGGCAAGGUCCCCAAAAAAAGGGAACACACCACCGGCUGUCGUCAGUGCACUACUCAGCUGUCCCCCUGCUCCCAAAGAGAAAGAGUGUCUCGCCAAGCUGGUUGACAAGGCCAUCGACAAUGGCGACUUGGAGACAGCCAAGGAAGUGCUGGAUCACCUGCCCUAUGUGGCCCAGAAGAGUGAUGCGAGGCUCCUGUACUACAUGGCGGGCUACGCCGCUCGCAAAACUAUCCUAAAGAGCUCAUGCAGCGAGUGCAAGACAUCUUGUCUGGUCACUGCAGACGCAGCACCAGAGGGGCUUUCUUCUGCAACACGUGCGUUCGACCGGGGGGGUCUUCUGUAUCCCUCCAGGAGGCUCUUCGACCUCAUAAGCACCCUAGAGGACUCGGUCACUGCGUCUCUGAGUACACGAUGCCUCCAUCCGGACACUAUGACAGACAUUCUUGCCCGGAUCGGUCAGAGCAAUGUUCCAUUCAUUGGCUGCAGUCAGCAUGCAUCAGCUUUAACAAAAAGAGUUGCCCACUUCUACUGCAUUACGCGAUUAUAUUUUUUUGUUAAAUCUAUCAAUCGCAGUAGAGAACAACGAUCAAAGCGCAAGAAUCUUAGAAAAUCUGCCUCUCUGCAGUAACCUUGAAUCCUGGCAGUUUCAAACUUGUCUGCAGUUUCUUUUACAUGUGUCAUUGCUCAAUCCUUUGACAAAACAUAAUGUAGCUUUUUCUUGAACUUUUCUUACUCAAG